GCUCAAGCCUCGACCCUCAGCCCUUCAGCGCGUUCUUCGUGCUGUUCCACUCUUGUUGUUUGCUCACUUCCUACUUCGGCAUCAUGGGCAAGAAAACCGGCGUCGCCUACUACAUGGUCUGCACCCUUGCCAUGGUAGGUCAGCUGAUCGCCGCCUUUGUGCGCUGGCACGCGCUCCAUGUGAACGUGGGCCCCGUGACGUUGCUGAAAGCCAACACCGGGCUCCUGUACACCUACGUGGAGUACGGACUUGUCUUCUUCUGCGGGUUUAUGAACAAAUGGGACAAGUGCCGGGACAUGAGGGACGGCAUGUGGCUGCAAGAGGUCGCAUCGGAAGUGUGCGUGCCUCUCCUAACCACGGCGGUGCCACAGCCCUGCCACGCCUACAACUCCGCCUACUGGAACGGCCUCGUUUGCAUGUUCGCCAUCGCUCUCAACUGGAUCCUCAUCGUUUGCAGCUGCUGGAUGCUCAUGAUGUACUUCAGCAAGUGCAAGCCGGAGUAUCGGCAGUGGUCCUUCUACCUCAUCUCCAUGGGCACGUUCCUGAUCUUCAGCGCGCUGAUGCUUUGGACCUUGGUGACCUUGCAAGCGCUGGAUGACAUCAUCUCCAUGCUGCAGGUCCACUACGAGAUGACGGGGGCCAGCUAUGGCUUCUUCUUCAUGUGGUUUAGUCUCGUCUUCCAGGUGGCCGCGCUCUGCAUGCACAACUGCAUGCCGGUGGGAAAUGAACUCACCGAGGAGGAGCGCCUCUUCAACAAGAUGCAGAAAGCGCAGAUGGCUGAGCAGGCCGGUUACGGUGCCGGCAACUACGGCCAGCAGCCUGGCUACGGCCAGCAGCCUGGCUAUGGCCAGCAGCCUGGCUACGGCCAGCAGCCUGGCUACGGCCAGCAGCCGGGCUAUGGCCAGCAGCCUGGCUAUGGCCAGCAGCCUGGCUAUGGCCAGGGCUAUGGCCAGCCUGCGCACUGGGGCGGCGCCGGCAUGCCAGGGCCCACCUUCGGCGGCCGGCCGGCGGGAUAUUGAGGCCUGGGCUGCCCAACCGCGCCGAGCCGCAUGUGAGCAG